AACAACCGGAAGUCGGCGGUAUUCCGUGGGACUUGACCGUUCUCCAGGUCGCAGCGAGAAAUGCUACUCUCUCUUUGUUAAAGUAAAGUGGUGAGAAAUCUCGCUCCCGAGCCAGAUUCGUUCGGUUAGAUGGUCAUUCCCGCCACAGUUGCUGAUAUUUGCUCUUGCAAGUUCAGUGACUGGCGACACUUUUCCCGCCACGAUACUUAUUUCGUAGUUAGCUAACGCGAGCCUGUUAGCUGCUGAGACAACAGCUGCAGCUGGGGAGGAUGUCGCUUCACGGCAAAAGAAAAGAAAUCUACAAAUACGAGGCGCCAUGGACGGUGUAUGCGAUGAACUGGAGCGUCCGUCCCGACAAACGCUUUCGGCUGGCGCUCGGCAGCUUCGUGGAGGAAUACAACAACAAGGUUCAGCUGGUGGGUCUGGAGGAGGAGAGCUCGGAGUUUGUCUGCAGGAACACUUUCGACCACCCUUACCCCACCACGAAGAUCAUGUGGAUACCCGACACCAAGGGGGUGUAUCCGGACCUGCUGGCCACCAGCGGGGACUACCUGCGCAUCUGGAGGGUCAGCGACACGGAAACGCGCCUCGAGUGUUUGCUGAAUAACAACAAGAACUCCGACUUCUGCGCUCCCCUCACCUCCUUCGACUGGAAUGAAGUUGAUCCCAAUCUGCUGGGCACUUCCAGCAUUGACACCACCUGCACCAUCUGGGGGUUGGAGACCGGUCAGGUGUUAGGACGGGUUAACCUGGUGUCGGGACAUGUGAAGACGCAGCUGAUUGCUCACGACAAAGAGGUGUAUGACAUUGCGUUCAGCCGCGCAGGGGGUGGUAGAGAUAUGUUUGCCUCUGUGGGAGCUGACGGAUCCGUCCGCAUGUUUGACCUCCGGCACCUGGAGCACAGCACCAUCAUCUAUGAAGACCCCCAGCACCACCCGCUGCUCCGCCUCUGCUGGAACAAGCAGGACCCCAACUACUUAGCUACGAUGGCAAUGGACGGCAUGGAGGUGGUCAUCCUGGAUGUACGUGUGCCUUGCACUCCAGUGGCUCGGCUGAACAACCAUCGCGCUUGUGUCAACGGCAUCGCCUGGGCCCCUCACUCGUCAUGUCACAUCUGCACUGCAGCUGACGACCAUCAGGCUCUGAUCUGGGACAUCCAACAGAUGCCACGGGCCAUUGAGGAUCCCAUCCUGGCCUACACUGCUGAAGGGGAGAUCAACAACGUGCAGUGGGCUUCCACGCAGCCGGACUGGAUCGCCAUCUGCUACAACAACUGCCUGGAGAUCCUGCGUGUCUAAAGCCACGAACAAUUAGGCCCAGGCGAAGGAGAGAUGGAGGGUUGCUUCAGAUUCGGACUUAAUUUUUGGUCCUCAGUCCUCUGCUUUCAUGACAAAGAUGAGGUCACGAGUGAACUUUCUGAACAUGUUUGGAGUAUCACACACCUUACUCCACAAUAACCUGGUUUACAUUUCCUCUCAUCUCUUUCCUCCAUUGUUCUUCUAAUAAACGUGUUUAAGCUCUUAUUUAUUUUGCUCACAAGGUAGUGCACAGCUGCUGUAAGAAGCUUUGAGCUCUGAGCAGUUGUCUAUUAAACUCCAAUUUUUAUACUUCUUUGCGUGAUUUCAGCCGGCUGUGAGAUUAUCAUGAAGGGUUUAGAUGUUGAGUGUUACAUCGGUUUGACUUGUAAAGGUUGAUACAAACUAUUGUAGGUGGCAGAAGAUGACCUCUCCAGUGCGUAGGAAUAUGUCGUAGCCUUCUUGUGGUCUCAAAGAUCAGUAUAUUACAGUCUUGUUUACCCCCCGUGGCAACUUAAGAAGUAAAAUUUUUUUCAAAUGGGUGUGUGUCCAGUAUCCUCUCUCUAGAUGACCGUAGUAUUGAGGCUCAUACUUGUGACCCAUGCUUUUUUUUUUUUUUUUUAAAUUGUAAACUAACCUGAGAGGGAUUCAUAUUGUCACUGCAGUGGUGUCUGUCAUCAUGUGGUGUGUUUUAGUUUGGCUGGCGAUGCUGUGAGGCAGCCAUGCAUCUGAACACUCGGAACCUACCAGAAGAGCAAUGUUGUUCAGCCCUUUUAACUUUCUACUUACUCUCUUCUUCUUCUUUCUUUGUAGAAGAUUGUGCUCGGGAAGCUGCAUUUUCUUCGUGUUAGAGUGAGUUGUGAAUUUGGACGAGAGUGAAACAACUUUCUGACUGUCUGCCUCUCUUUUUGUUUUUCUUUUUUUUUUGUUUGUUCUGUUCAAUAAUUAAAGGGUCAUGUCCUUGUAGCAUGCCAUUACAAGGCAAAAUGUAAAUACAUAUAAAUAUAUCAACUUCAAAUGUUGGUAAGCCAAGUGUUCAUGUUGUAGCUUUUUCAUAAAGUUUAUUAUUGAAUUUGCUCUAAUAAAUUGUAUUCCUCCAUGUCCUAGGAACAAA